CGGCGGCGGCUGCAGCGGAGGGACUGACGGCUGCACCGGGGCGGGCGGCUGGACUGCGCGCUCCCUUUCGCGCCCGCUCCCGGGCUUCUGGGCUCGCUCGCCCCGCUCGGCGGUCGCCCGCGGCCGCCCGGGUUCACCGUCGCUCUCAGGCGGCACCGCGAGGGUGGCCGCUGCCUCAGCCCUGCCCCUCGUUCCCUCCCUCCCUUGCAGCCCCACCACGUAGGAGUUCGGAUUCUCCACUCGAGUCGCCCUGAUUUUCCUUUGCCUCUUUCUGAAGCGGGAGUGGUGGAGGGAGGCAGCGAGGCUGCGAGGGAGAGGCCCGCCAAGUCGGCCCGCCUGCAAAGUGUUGCUUUGACACAUCCUUAUUAUGGAAGUUAAGUGAAAAAACUCUGGACGUGGAGCGGCUACCGAGAAGGAGACCGGGAAAGGAAAACCAGUAGGCAGGCCAAUGGUGUUUCGGCAGCGCGCUGGCAAGUUUGUGGAACACUUUCUAGGAAUUAGGUCUUUUUCCUCCCUCUUCAUCUUCUUGACUGCUGAAGAAAGAACUUGGCUUUGGAAGGCAAUGGAGCCUGAGGACAGAGGGUUAGACACACUUGAAUAAUCCCUCCGGCUGGGCUGAAUUUGUGGGAAUUUAGGAAGCCAGAGUGUGGAAAUACAGUAGCCUUUGGAGUGCCCUCUGUUAAUUUGGAUGGAGCUAAAUGUGCCCCAUUCGAGACCUCUCCACUAACCCCUUCUGAUCUUGCGAUUUGCGCUUCUUGACUUUAAUUAGCAUCUAGGAAAGUCUAAACUUUGGACCUACCUCUUUUUUUGAUACUUAUUUUUGUACGUUUGCUCUCUGGGAUUGGUUUCUUAAAACAAUCUGGAUCCUUUUUAAUAUGUCAAAAUGAGUCGGCUGAUGUUUACACAACUACUGCUCUGUGGAUUUUUAUAUGUUCGGGUUGAUGGAUCUCGUCUUCGCCAGGAAGACUUCCCGCCACGGAUUGUGGAGCACCCUUCAGAUGUCAUUGUCUCUAAGGGAGAGCCCACCACUUUGAACUGUAAGGCAGAGGGCCGGCCAACGCCCACCAUUGAGUGGUACAAGGAUGGUGAGCGGGUGGAGACUGACAAGGAUGAUCCCCGGUCUCACAGGAUGCUUCUGCCCAGCGGAUCCUUAUUCUUCUUGCGCAUUGUACAUGGGCGCAGAAGCAAACCUGAUGAAGGAAGCUACGUUUGUGUUGCAAGGAACUAUCUCGGUGAAGCAGUGAGUCGAAAUGCAUCUCUGGAAGUGGCAUUGUUACGAGAUGACUUCCGGCAAAAUCCCACAGAUGUUGUAGUGGCAGCUGGAGAGCCUGCAAUCCUGGAGUGCCAACCUCCCAGGGGACAUCCAGAACCCACCAUCUACUGGAAAAAAGACAAAGUUCGAAUUGAUGACAAGGAAGAAAGAAUAAGUAUUCGUGGUGGAAAACUGAUGAUCUCCAACACGAGGAAAAGCGAUGCAGGGAUGUAUACCUGUGUUGGCACCAAUAUGGUGGGAGAAAGAGACAGUGAUCCAGCAGAACUGACUGUCUUUGAACGACCCACAUUUCUCAGGAGGCCAAUUAACCAGGUGGUGCUGGAGGAAGAAGCUGUAGAAUUUCGUUGUCAGGUCCAGGGAGAUCCUCAACCAACUGUGCGGUGGAAAAAGGAUGAUGCAGACUUGCCAAGAGGAAGGUAUGACAUCAAAGAUGAUUAUACUCUGAGAAUUAAAAAGGCCAUGAGUACAGAUGAAGGCACCUAUAUGUGUAUUGCUGAGAAUCGGGUUGGAAAAGUGGAAGCCUCUGCUUCUCUCACAGUCCGAGCUCGCCCUGUUGCUCCUCCACAGUUUGUGGUUAGGCCAAGAGAUCAGAUUGUUGCUCAAGGUCGAACAGUGACAUUUCCCUGUGAAACUAAAGGAAACCCCCAGCCAGCUGUUUUUUGGCAAAAAGAAGGCAGCCAGAACUUGCUUUUCCCAAACCAACCCCAGCAACCCAACAGUAGAUGCUCUGUUUCGCCAACUGGAGACCUCACAAUAACCAACAUUCAGCGAUCAGACGCGGGUUAUUAUAUCUGCCAGGCCCUAACUGUGGCUGGAAGCAUUUUAGCAAAAGCUCAACUGGAAGUUACUGAUGUUUUGACAGAUAGACCUCCACCCAUAAUUCUACAAGGCCCGGCCAACCAAACACUAGCAGUAGAUGGUACAGCGUUACUGAAAUGUAAAGCAACUGGUGACCCUCUUCCUGUAAUUAGCUGGUUAAAGGAGGGAUUUACUUUUCUGGGUAGAGAUCCAAGAGCAACUAUACAAGAACAAGGAACAUUGCAGAUUAAGAAUUUACGGAUUUCUGAUACUGGUACUUAUACUUGUGUGGCUACAAGUUCAAGUGGGGAGACUUCCUGGAGUGCUGUGCUGGAUGUGACUGACUCUGGAGCAACAAUCAGUAAAAAUUAUGAUUUAAGUGACCUGCCAGGGCCACCAUCCAAACCACAGGUCACUGAUGUUACUAAGAACAGUGUCACCUUGUCCUGGCAACCAGGUACCCCUGGAGCCUUUCCAGCAAGUGCAUAUAUCAUUGAAGCUUUCAGCCAAUCUGUGAGCAAUAGCUGGCAGACAGUGGCAAACCAUGUGAAGACCACCCUCUUUACAGUGAGAGGCCUGCGGCCCAACACGAUCUAUUUAUUCAUGGUCAGAGCAAUCAACCCCCAAGGUCUGAGCGACCCGAGCCCGAUGUCAGAUCCUGUGCGCACACAAGAUAUCAGCCCACCAGCACAAGGAGUGGACCAUAGACAAGUACAGAAAGAACUGGGAGAUGUCAUUGUCCGUCUCCAUACUCCAGUUGUGUUGACUCCCACCACUGUUCAAGUCACGUGGACGGUUGAUCGCCAGCCCCAGUUUAUUCAAGGCUAUCGAGUGAUGUAUCGUCAGACUUCAGGCCUGCAGGCUACAUCAGCAUGGCAGAAUUUAGAUGCCAAAGUCCCAACCGAGAGAAGCGCUGUCUUAGUCAACCUGAAAAAGGGGGUGACUUAUGAAAUUAAAGUUCGACCAUAUUUUAAUGAGUUCCAAGGAAUGGAUAGUGAAUCUAAAAUAGUUCGUACUACUGAAGAAGCCCCAAGUGCCCCUCCACAAUCUGUCACUGUGCUGACAGUUGGAAGCCACAAUAGCACAAGUAUUAGUGUUUCCUGGGAUCCUCCUCCUCCAGACCAUCAGAAUGGAAUUAUCCAAGAAUACAAGAUCUGGUGUCUGGGGAAUGAAACACGAUUCCAUAUCAACAAAACUGUGGAUGCAGCCAUUCGAUCUGUCAUAAUUGGUGGAUUAUUCCCAGGUAUUCAAUACCGGGUAGAGGUUGCAGCUAGUACCAGUGCAGGGAUUGGAGUAAAAAGUGAACCGCAGCCGAUAAUAAUUGGGGGACGUAAUGAAGUUGUCAUUACUGAAAACAAUAACAGCAUAACUGAACAAAUCACUGAUGUUGUGAAGCAACCAGCCUUUAUAGCUGGUAUUGGUGGUGCCUGCUGGGUAAUCUUGAUGGGUUUUAGCAUCUGGUUGUAUUGGCGAAGAAAGAAGAGAAAGGGACUCAGUAAUUAUGCUGUUACAUUUCAAAGAGGAGAUGGAGGACUAAUGAGCAAUGGGAGCCGUCCUGGUCUUCUAAAUGCUGGUGAUCCCAGUUAUCCAUGGCUUGCAGAUUCGUGGCCAGCCACGAGUUUACCAGUAAACAAUAGCAAUAGUGGCCCGAAUGAGAUUGGGAAUUUUGGACGUGGAGAUGUGCUGCCACCAGUUCCAGGCCAAGGGGAUAAAACAGCAACAAUGCUCUCAGAUGGAGCCAUUUAUAGCAGCAUUGACUUCACGACCAAAACCACUUACAACAGUUCCAGCCAGAUAACACAGGCUACCCCAUAUGCCACAACACAGAUCUUGCAUUCCAAUAGCAUACAUGAAUUGGCCGUCGAUCUGCCUGACCCACAAUGGAAAAGCUCGAUUCAGCAAAAAACAGAUCUGAUGGGAUUUGGUUAUUCUCUACCUGAUCAGAACAAAGGUAACAAUGCCUUACUUUACAUCCCUGACUACCGAUUGGCUGAGGGAUUGUCUAAUAGAAUGCCACACAACCAGUCACAGGAUUUCAGCACCACCAGCUCUCACAACAGCUCAGAGAGGAGUGGCAGUCUCUCAGGUGGGAAAGGUGGAAAAAAGAAGAAAACUAAAAACUCUUCUAAACCUCAGAAAAACAAUGGAUCGACCUGGGCCAAUGUUCCUCUACCUCCUCCCCCUGUCCAGCCCCUUCCUGGAACAGAGCUGGAACACUACGCAGUGGAACAGCAAGAAAAUGGUUAUGACAGCGAUAGCUGGUGUCCUCCAUUACCCGUGCAAACAUACUUACACCAGGGUAUGGAAGAUGAACUGGAAGAAGAUGAUGAUCGUGUCCCGACACCUCCAGUCCGAGGCGUGGCUUCUUCGCCUGCUAUUUCCUUUGGACAGCAGUCCACUGCAACCCUCACUCCAUCCCCACGGGAAGAGAUGCAGCCCAUGCUGCAGGCUCACCUGGACGAGCUGACCAGAGCCUAUCAGUUUGAUAUAGCAAAGCAAACAUGGCACAUUCAAAGCAAUAAUCAACCUCCACAGCCCCCGGUUCCACCAUUAGGUUACAUGUCCGGAGCCUUGAUUUCCGAUUUGGAAACAGAUGUUCCAGAUGAUGAUGCUGAUGAUGAGGAAGAAGCUUUAGAAAUCCCCAGGCCCCUGAGGGCACUAGAGCAGACACCCGGAUCCAGUAUGGACAAUCUAGACAGCUCUGUGACAGGUUCAAUGGUAAAUGGAUGGGGCUCUGCAUCUGAUGAGGAUCGUAACUUUUCUAGUCAUAGAUCUAGUGUAGGUAGCUCCUCAGAUGGCUCCAUCUUUGCCAGCGGCAGCUUUGCACAAGCACUGGUGGCAGCAGCAGAUAAAGCUGGUUUUAGGCUGGAUGGAACCAGCCUUACAAGAACAGGCAAACCUUUUACCUCCUCUCAAAGACCUCGACCAACCAGCCCAUUUUCUACUGACAGUAAUACCAGUGCAGCCCUGAGUCAGAGUCAGAGGCCUCGGCCCACUAAAAAACACAAGGGAGGGAGAAUGGACCAACAACCAGCAUUGCCUCAUCGAAGGGAAGGAAUGACAGACGAUCUUCCACCACCACCAGAUCCCCCUCCAGGUCAGGGUUUAAGGCAGCAAAUAGGCCCGAGCCAGCAUGCUGGUAACGUGGAAACCUCAACAGAGAGAAAAGGAAGCUCUCUGGAGACACCACAAGCAUCCACCUUAGAAGACACAAAGAGCUCAUUGGAUUGUCCAGCUAGAGCAUCCCUAGAGUGGCAGCGACAAACCCAAGAAUGGAUAAACUCCACAGAGCGCCAAGAAGAUAUACGGAAAGCCCUACACAAACAAAGUGUUGGACCAGAGGAGACAUUGGUGCCCUACAGCAAGCCCAGUUUCCCAUCUCCAGGAGGUCACAGCUCAUCAGGAACAGCUUCUUCUAAAGGAUCCACUGGACCUAGGAAAGCCGAGGCUUUGAGGGGAAGUCACCAGCGCAAUGCCAGCGACCUUCUUGACAUAGGAUACAUGGGCUCAAAUAGUCAAGGACAGUUUACAGGUGAAUUAUAGUAACUGAGAGGAGACAUGCAAAGCUGCUCUGAAGGACCACCAGGUCUGAACUCAUGGAAGUGAUGACACUAAACAGUGCAAUGAACAAUUUCUUUAUUUAUGUACUAUUAAAAGACUGUAAAUGCAAUGUAAAGACACACAGCCACACAUAUCCCACAGAUAUUUUACUUGUGUUCUUCUCUUAAGUACACCACCCACCUUAACUCUUUCUUGUCAGGAGUAUAUACAAAAGAAAGAAAACAAAACUCGCCCUCCAGGAAGAAAAGGAUUUUCCUCUGUAUAUAAUUUCUUUUGUGCGUUGCUAUGCAAGCUCACUCUUUUUAGCUCUGUUCAUACUAUUGUCUGUUUUUAUUGGUCUGUUGUACUAUAUGUGAAUUAAUAGGCUGUGGUGCCAUAUAUUAACUUUUAAUUGUGUAACUUUUAUGUUUAAAUUUUGCACUGCAAUUUUAUUUGGUGAUAAGCACAAAUCUCUACUCCUCGUGACAUGAAGAACAAGACUGAAUGUGAAGGGAGUUUCUGUACUGUAAGCUAGGCUGGAUAUGCUGGUUGGAACCAAUCAUGUGAGAUGGUUUGCAGUUGGGGUGUAGAAACAGGAAGAUGCAAAGGAACAGUGGUGUUGGCGAAGUCUUCCUUGAGUACCAGGGACUGAGUCAAUAAAAAGAAAAGCAGAAAGGUGGCUUUUACUAUUGACAAAACGCAGGGGUCAAAGAAGGAAAUCUAAGUCUUAAGGCUAAAUAGGUAUUAAAAUUUACACAGGUAGCAAAGAUGUACUAAACUCGCUAAAAAGAGAAAGAAAAAGAAAAUGAAAAUAAAAGUUACAUGUAGCAUCAACUUUACCUGUCAUUGUAAUUGACCCAUCUGAGAAUUAUAACAAGCAAAAGGAAAUGAAGGUGUUUCGCAAGAGCUGUGUUUGUAUUACAGUGUUUUCAAGAAGCAUUUUCUGAAUUACCAUAAUUAAUCUCUCCAACUCAUUAAGUCAGGAUCUAAUAUGAAGUUCCCCAAGGAAACAAACAAAAUGAACUCUAGAAUAUCUAGCAAAUAGUUAAAGAGGCAAUUUAUUAUUAGGACAUACUCGGGCUGCUUCCAAAUGCAAAAACUCUAUUGCAAUAUCUUGUUUCAUCUUUCUGAUACAUGUUCAGUACACACUAGAGGAUAGAGCUGCAUCGCUUAAAUUUAUGACUUUGAAAAAAAUCAUGCAGUCUAUAGACAAUUCUGUGUUUUGUUUGACUAAGAGGUGAAGUUCAUGCCACCAGAUGUAUAGCCAAAUUGUAAGUGCUUAAAAAGCAGUGCUCAGAGUAUGUUCAGUUCACAGUAAGUAGAUUUAUCGAAAGAAACAUUUUAUGGUACAGUCUCAGAAAUUGGCUACCGACUAAAAUAUGUUUGACCCAUUUUGAAUGAGUAAAUUGAAAAGAAAAAUUUUAAAGGAGAAACAAUGCAUGUUUAUACGCUUUUUAAAUAAAACCAAACCUCGUUAAGUGGACAUUAA